AUGACCAUAUUUUACAAUCAACCAAGCGAACGCAAUUUCCCACUUGACUUCUUUUUUACUGAGAAUGCGCCAGUGAAGCGUAACAGCACUCCUUCUACAUCUAGAGCGAGACUCGAUUUGAUCCAAUACGGCAACUCAUACGAAGCGAGAGUCGAUCUAGCUGGGUGCAAGAAGGAGGAGGUUGACAUAUCGAUCCACGACCACGGCAUUACAGUAAAAGCUACCAAACCAGUAGAGCAGAAGUCCGAGGAAAACAAGUCCGAGAAGUCACAUUGCGUCAUCAACGAACGCAGCCCUUCUACACCACUGAGCAGGACGUGGAAGCUACCCGAGCACAUUACAGAAGAUAAUAUCCACGCUGCGUACGAGAAUGGGCUGCUUACGCUCAGAUAUUCAAGACACCCACCAGAAUCCGAGCCAAAGAGGAUAACAAUACAUUAG